AUGGCUAUCAAAAUCAAAGCUAUGCCAGUUAUCCUUGUUUGCCUCUUUCUGUGUUCGGCCCUGGCUUUGAUACUUGGAGCUCCCAAUUCGUAUCGAAAUGCGAUCCUGAUGGUCAUGGACCAAAUCCAUUCCGUCGUGGCAACUGUGAUUGCUACUAUAGCAUUAACCUACCUGUUCCCGGGCGAUAUCCUUUCCUGCCGUCUCGAGAAACAGUGGCAGUCGUAUUUCCAGCACAAGGAUGCGCAGGCAAUCCGGGCCAUCCAGGAUCGUUUCCAAUGCUGUGGGUUCCGCAGUACUCACGACCGGGCCUGGCCAUUCAAGGACCGGAAUCAUGGCGACAAUGCAUGUGAAACACAACUUGGCUAUCAGCGUAGCUGCUAUUCGCCUUGGCAAGGGCAAUAUCAAAGUGCUUCAUGGAUGGUUUUUGCUGCAGCUGCUUUGAUCUGGGUUAUGAAGAUUGGAUUUGUUCACUUUAAUCGCCCUAGACCUAGUUGGAUGUCCACUGCCCCUUCUAGGGAAGCCGGCAGUUAUCAAAGAAUCACAGACUCGGGUUUGGAAAACGAGGGCCACACUGACCAAGGUGUGCGUGUACAAGCCGCCACUGGAUUCCCACCUUCCAAUGAAUGGGAAUAG